UUUUCUGUGGAAACCCCUCGAAUGCGUGCAGUUGUCGAGUUGUUUUCGAAAGCGCAUGUAGUCGGCACGGUUUAACUGUGAUUUAAAUAUAUAUAUGUGGUCACCAGUGUUUACGACGGGGCGACUGGAUUACCGCGGCAGUAUUUUGAUAAAAGGAGGACCGGUUUUCUUGCUCAUUUUGUUUUAGCGUUUUGUAAUGGUGUUGCUGUAACGUUAGUCUUUUGUUGUUUUUUUGUAUGUGUGAUGGACGCCAUUUUAGGUUGAUCACACUAGCUGCUAGCACAUUGUUUCAGGCCUUGCCUCAAACUACGUCGGUUUGUGUUGUGGUGAAAUUUGGACUACACCGAACAAACAUUUCGGAGGAACUUUGAAGCGGACACUUGGGCGACAUAUUUGGCAGGACUCUACACGUUCACCUAUACGGACACCGUUUGAACUCUUUAUUUCUUUGUCAGAGUUGGACCUUACGGACAGCUCACGGCUAACCGCCAUAUGGUCCUGGGACUUUGAGAAACCGCAGGAGAAUUUCUGGCUUCGGCCGGGGAAUUCCGUGGACUAAAAGUCACUUGCGUUUUUAAGAUUGCGUGUUGCACUUGAUCACAAUCUCUUUGAACACUUGAUAUUUUCAAAUCGCAGUUAUUCACUUGAGGCAAAACCCACACGACCUCUUUAGUGGUGACUCUUGAUUAAAAAGAGUGUUGAGAUGAGCAAAUAUGGCUAUUAUUAUGCUUGAAUUGUUAAGCUGAUAAACUGACCCUGAGUAAGGUUGAUCGCUGGGAGAGCCCACGCGAUCGUGCGAAUUGCAGUUGAGUUUGGUUGUGUGUGGUGGUAUCUGACCACAAGGAUUGUUUAAACAUGUCUUGUGUCCAUUACAAGUUUUCUUCUAAACUUAACUACGAUACGGUCACCUUUGAUGGCCUUCACAUCACGCUCAGUGAUUUGAAACGCCAGAUCAUGGGGCGAGAAAAGCUGAAGGCCGCGGAUUGCGACCUACAAAUCACCAACGCUCAAACUAAAGAAGAAUACACUGAUGAUGGAGCCCUCAUCCCCAAAAACUCGUCUGUCAUCAUCAGACGAAUCCCUAUUGGAGGGCUUAAGUCGACAAGCAAAACAUAUGUCAUCGAUCGAUCUGAACCAAGUGGAUCUUCAAAAGCAAUUGAUGAUUCUUCAUCCAUUUCACUGGCCCUGCUUUCAAAGACAGCCAAUCUUGCUGAAACAAAUGCUUCAGAGGAAGACAAAAUAAAAGCAAUGAUGUCUCAGUCCAACCAUGAGUAUGACCCUAUCCAUUAUGCAAAGAAGCUUGUUGGUCCACCUCCACCAAACUACACAUGCUUUCGUUGUGGAAAAACUGGACAUUAUAUCCGAAACUGCCCAACGAAUGGGCAGGAUCGAAGUUUUGAAGCUCCUCAACGGAUAAAGAAAAGCACAGGAAUUCCUCGGAGUUUCAUGGUGGAGGUUGAUGAUCCCAGCAGAAAGGGAGUCAUGUUGACCAACAGUGGAAUAUAUGCCAUUCCCACGAUUGAUGCUGAGGCCUAUGCCAUUGGGAAAAAAGAGAAGCCACCAUUCUUGCCCCAAAAUCAAUCUUCAUCUUCAGAGGAAGAAGAUCCUGUACCUGAUGAGCUGCUGUGUUUGAUCUGUAAGGAUCUAAUGACAGAUGCUGUGGUUAUCCCCUGCUGUGGAAAUAGUUACUGUGAUGAGUGUAUUCGGACAUGUUUGCUGGAGUCUGACGAACAUGUUUGCCCAACCUGCAAACAAUCAGAUGUAUCUCCUGAUGCUUUGAUCGCGAACAAAUUUUUGCGCCAAGCAGUGAAUAAUUUUAGGAAUGAAACCGGAUAUACCAAGAGGAUUCGAAAAGCUGCAGCUGUUACCCAAGGAGCUCAAACACAGGCUUCUGCCCAGCGGCCACCUCUGAGACUGGCAACCUCACGCCAGCAGGACCCUCUUAUGGCCAAUGUUCCGAGCUCAACAGCUGAUAGCAGCCCUCCCCAAAGCACACCUACUGCCCCUUUAUCUCCUGUUAGCACUCAUCAGCCCUCCAGUACUCCACCUUCUUCUAGCAGCUCUACUGUACACAGCAGCACUGCACCUGCAGCAUCAAACUAUAGCCCUGUGGUGAACUCUCCUCAGCACUCUGCUAAGCAGGAUGAUCCUCCAUCCAAGUAAAUAAUUUUCUAGCAC